AUGGUGUGGAAGAUCAUCAGGCCACUGCAAGCAUGCCAGCUUCUCUUAGUGGUUUUAUCUUUGCCACAGGGGAGGACAAGCUCUGUUUUAACUGUGAACGGUAGAACUGAGAACUAUAUCCUGGACACACGACAUGGUGUCCAAGCAUCUCUGGAAUGUGCUGUUCAAAACCACACCAGGGAUGAAGAACUUCUCUGGUUCAGAGAAGAUGGAAGAGUAGAUCUGAAAGAUGAAAACAAAAUCAACAUCAGUUCUGUCUGUGUCUCUCCCAUCAACGAAAGUGACAAUGGAGUCCGCUUUACCUGCAAGCUACAGAGCGAUGAGAAGGUGUCCGUUACAGUAGUGCUGAAUGUUACCUUUCCUCCUCUUCUAAGUGGAAAUGGCUUCCAAACUGUGGAGGAAAACAGUGAUGUAAGUUUGGUUUGCAACGUGAAAUCCAACCCUCAAGCACAAAUGAUGUGGUAUAAAAACAACAGCGCCUUGGUUUUAGAGAAAGGCCGUCACCAAAUCCAACAGACAAGGGAGUCUUUUCAGUUGUCCAUCACCAAAGUCAAGAAAUCUGACAGUGGGACGUACAGCUGUAUUGCCAGCUCAUCUCUGAAAAUGGAGACCAUGGACUUCCACCUGGUUGUUAAAGACAAAGUUCCUGUCGUGCCAAUAGAGCCCAUCAUUGCUGCUUGUGUUGUGGUCGUCCUGACGCUGGCUUUUGCCCUGCUUUCUAGGAGGAAAAGCAUAAUGAAGCUCUGUGUGAAAAAGAAUGACCCGAAUUCAGAAACAGCUCUGUAA